UUCUUCAUGAUCAGGAGUGGUGACACUCUGAUAAUGCUCAUUAUUGAGUUAGAAGAGUAAAACUCUUGCUCCAAAGGUGUCUUUGAGUAUAACAGAUCCAGAUUAACUUCCUCAGGGUUAUUGGCACUGCUAGAAAAGGAGUUAGCAACUGGGAUCUGGUGUGUUCUGCCUGAGCCUGUGAGUCACAUGAUUGGAGCCCUACCAAAGAGUCUAAAUUGUCAGUUCACUAGUUGGCUCAACCAGUCACUCACUGAAGGCACAGACCUUGGGAGCUUGGAUCUUCUGCAGCUAGAGGUGUUGUGGGCAAACAAGAACUGAAGGAUUACAGGUAGCUCCAUGUCGCUGUUUCAGAACUCGUGGGAAUUAUAUCAGCCGAGCAUACCAAAUGACUUGGAUACUGAAAUGGAGUCCAUGGCACCUUGCCCACCCUUUCCUGAUCCAGCCAAUGACUUUGAUAGAAACAUUCCCCGUAUCUGUGGUGUUUGUGGAGACAAAGCUACUGGCUUUCAUUUUAAUGCUAUGACCUGUGAAGGCUGCAAAGGAUUUUUUAGGAGGAGCAUGAAAAGGAAAGCAAUGUUCACGUGCCCAUUCAAUGGCGACUGUAAAAUCACCAAAGACAACCGACGGCAUUGCCAGGCUUGUCGGCUGAAGCGCUGUGUUGACAUAGGCAUGAUGAAAGAGUUUAUUCUAACAGAUGAAGAGGUUCAGAGGAAAAGAGAGAUGAUAAUGAAGAGAAAGGAGGAGGAAGCUCUUAAGGAGAGCUUAAAGCCCAAGUUGUUGGAGGAGCAACAGCGAGUGAUUGAUACACUUCUUGAAGCCCACCGCAAAACCUAUGAUCCCACUUACUCUGAUUUCAGCCAGUUCCGGCCUCCAGUCAGAGGUAGAAGAAUUACAAGUAGAUCAUCCUCUAUUAUGACACAAGGUUUCUCCUCUUCAGAAGACUCCUUAGAUACCUUCAGCUCCUCCCCAGAACCUAAGAUGUUCUCUAAUCUGGAACUAAGCGAUGACAGUGAUGAAAGUGCAUCCAUGUCCAUUGACUUCUCACACCUUUCCAUGCUGCCUCACCUGGCUGACCUUGUUAGCUACAGCAUCCAGAAAGUGAUUGGAUUUGCAAAAAUGAUUCCAGGGUUCAAAGACCUAACAGCAGAAGACCAGAUUGCUCUGUUGAAAUCCAGUGCCAUUGAAGUAAUUAUGCUCCGUUCAAAUCAGUCGUUUUCACUGGAGGAUAUGUCCUGGACCUGUGGCAGCAAUGACUUCAAAUACAAGAUUAGCGAUGUCACACAAGCUGGUCAUAGUCUAGACUUACUUGAGCCCCUUGUGAAGUUUCAGAUUGGCCUGAAGAAACUGAACCUGCAUGAAGAGGAGCAUGUGCUCUUGAUGGCCAUCUGCAUCCUUUCUCCAGAUCGCCCUGGUGUUCUGGACACUGCUCUGGUGGAGUCCAUCCAGGACAAUCUUUCAGAAAUCCUGCAGACAUACAUUCUCUGCCGACACCCCCCUCCUGGAAACCGCCUGCUCUACCCCAAGAUGAUCCAGAAACUUGCAGACCUGAGGAGCCUGAAUGAGGAGCAUUCCAAACAAUAUCGCUGCCUCUCCUUCUUGCCUGAACACAGCAUGCAGCUCACUCCGCUGGUUCUUGAAGUCUUUGGCAAUGAAAUCUCGUGACAUGGUAUUGGGAAUUAAACACGCCGAAAUAAAGGAAGGAGUCAACUCAGCUUCCCACCGGUGGCAAACUGAGAGCUUUGACCCAAGUGAAGAUUUGUAUAUUCUGUCAGUGAGAGUUUUAACAUUUUCCCCUCCACCCACACUACCAGAGGGACUGCAUCAUUUGUACAUCUUCAGUCUCAUCCUUUGCAUUGCUGCUGAGCAGCAGUCUGCAAGCUAAUCCCUUCUCUCCUGUCAAUCAAUCAAAACUGAAUCGCUUUCUCACUUGCUGCUUUGCCAAAAUGACACUGCUUGUCGCUUUCUUCAGUGUUGAGCCUUCAAGCCAGUGACUAAAACUUCUGUACUGUGGGUUAAGAAAAAUAAUGACUGGAUAAGAUCUUCCAGUUAGAAGAGAUGGAAUUGAGGGUUUGGGGUUGAUGGGACUACUGGUUCAUGUCAUAAUACCAUGUGGAGAGCUUUCAGUCCAGCAUGACAAUAAUGUGCAGAAAUAGAUAAUUGUUCUUUUCUGUGCAAUAUGUGUACUCACUCCCACCCACCCACCCACCCAUCCUGCAGUUGUCAAGGCUGUUCAGUACUAAAGGUAUUUAUUAGCCAGAUAAUGAAUUGGAGAGAGCUGUUUACUGGAUUAAGUAGCCUAUACCAUCUUUCUGGCUUAAAAAAAAAAGAAUUGUGAUUUGUCCAGUGUGCACAGUGUGUAACGCAUGCUGGCACUAAAUAGAUAGAAGGAGGAUAAUUGAACUAACCAUGUACAUCUCAGUGAAGAUCUUCUGGGAGAAUCUUAAAUAAACAGCUCUUGCCAGGAUCUCAGCAUUGGUUUCAAAAGAAGAAAAUACACUCAGAACAUGCCCUCUUUGUAACAUUUAUCCUCAGUCAGUUUCAAACACUACCAGUUAUCAAGAGGUGAUUCCAGUUAACCCAAUGGUAUGGUAUGGGGCUGGUCUGUAAUCCAUUUAAAGGGUUUGAACUGUUCAAGAUAAUGGUGUCCUUUCAUAGCAGAACUUAUCAGCUUGUGGUCCUCCAGAUGUUUCUGGACUUCAAUUCUUAUCAAGCCCAACCAGCAUAAUGAAUGGUAUGGGAUUCUGGGAAUUGCAGGUCAGCAUCUGGAGGACCACACGUUUCCCACUCCUGCUUUAGUGUGAUGUAGAGACCCAUUUGUCAGCAGUUCAAGCCAUGUGUAAAGUGGCAUCUACAGGUCACUGUCCAAAGAACUGACAUGCAGAGGUAAUCUUCAGAUCUGUUCAUGCUCGGGGCCGCAGUGUUUGAGUCAGUCCUUAGUCAUACUCAGGGAGGCUGAAACUAAUUUAUUUUUGUCACUCAUAAGAUGUUUACUGUGAGUUUGAUGAUCUCUGGAAAACUUAAGCACAAGCUGUCACAAGAUGAGAAGGGAAGGAAUUCAUCACCAAUUUUAAAGCAGUUUGGAAUAGGCAGUUGCUAAUAUAUUGGUCCAAAAGAAUCUUGAAUAAUACAGAUAGGUUUCAUUGGGCCAAUAUUUGAUUCUUGUAAGAGUUGAGUGCCAUUUGAAUGACAAAGAGUUUUUAAGCAUGCAAAAUGAAAAAGAUAAAUUGUCAGCUGUUAUUAGACUUUCUCUACAUGGCUGCAUCCACACUGCAGAAGUAAUGCAGUUUGACACCGCUUUAACUGCCAUAGCUCCAUGCAAUGGAGUCCUGGGAUUUGUAGUUUGUUGUGGCACCAGAGCUUUCUGACAGAGAAGGCUAAAUAUCUCACAAAACUACAAAUCCCAGAAUUCCAUAACAAAGUGGUGUCAAACUGCAUUAUUUCUGCAGCCCAUAUCACUUCAGAUAGAUGGUAGUCUGCUCAUAAAAUGUGUGCCAUUCAUUUCAACUACAUGCUGUACAUUCACCAGCAGGAUCUCUCUCUCUCUCUCUUUCUCUCUCUCUCACACACACACACACACACACACUAAAAUGAUUGUGACAGCUGCAGUUUGCACAUCAUGCACAGCUGCAGGUGAGCACCUAAACUGUCUUAUGGGAUAAUUCUAAGGAUACACAAAGCCUCUGUUGACUAUAUUUAGCAGUUCUGUGGGAUUGUGUCAGUAAGUAUUUGCAUAUAUGAAUUGAUCAAGGUGGAGGUGGGAGCUUUCUCCUUAGAGUAAAAUCUUCCUUUUGUUCGCUUGGUGUCAGUAGGGUAAUAUAGGAAGAGGUAAUUCUUGUGUAAAAGUGCCUUGGGCUUGCUCCUAUGCAGUGAUUUUUCUCCCUCAAAUUAUGAGUAGAUCAUUUUAGUCUAAAAUUGGUCUAAAUUACUAGGCUUGAAGAGAUCCAAAUUAACUUCCUUUUGUACCUUCUGCAGCCCACCCACAUGGAGUAAGUCUCUGUGGUAUACUUGUCUGGGAGCAAUGCAUGCAGGUGCCUCUCUCUUCCCCCAAAGUACAACUGUCUCCCUUUUCUUGGACAGAUCACAAUUAAAGGGCAAACAUUUGCAUCCUAGCAGCGAAGAAAGGAAAGCAUCAAUUUGCCACAUGGCUCUUGACAUGUGCUUGUAAUAUAAGCCUACUUCUCGAAGCGCUGCAACUUCAGCUACUGAAGAAAAAUCUGGAAGUGAGGUGCAUAUACAAGAGGGAGGGAGAGGAGGUUAUCUGAAUUUUUUUAAGGGCCUAUCGUAGGAAGGUAUCAGUCUGCAAAGAGUUCUUGUAGCACUUUUUCAGAACAAUUGGUUCCUCUACCCCAAUAUUGUCAGCACUGGUUGGCAGCAGCUAUCCAGUGAUUCAGGCAAGAUCCAUUCAUAGCUCUACUUGGAGACUAGGGAUUGAACCUGGGACCUUCUUCAUGCAAAGCAUGUGCACUGUCACUGACUUGUAUCCCUCCCUGUGACACAGAUGUGAAUGUGAGGUUUAGAUCCUGUGUGUCCCAUCCCAAGAAUUAAUCCCUAAAUCUAAUGGGAUGGGGACCCAUCAUUGGGGCCUGAUAUCUAAGUCCAUCAUGCAGAGUAUUCUUUCAUAAGGGAGUGGAACCAGCCAUGCUUCCAACCACUGCAUACUUUAAAAUGUAAUGAUUCCAGCCAGCAACUCAAACUUACUGGUGAGUUGUGUCUAGUUUGUUAAAGGCUGUAUGAAAACACCCCUUUAGUUUAAUGAAUGUCUUUCAUCAGUUCACUUGUGUUUUUUCCUUUGCUUCCUUUGCCAGUGUGUGUGUGUGUAAUUUUAUCUUUUGGUCAUCUGCUGUCAGCCAAGAGGUUGGAACUGACUCUAGGGGUGCUUCUAGUUGACAUCUGAUUUGAUUCACAGCUUUGUACAGGAGAUCCAGUAGCUUCCCAAUGCUUUUUGACUGCUAGCAUUAGGAGCCCUCCAUCUGGAAGCAUCCUGCCUGUUUCUCAAAGUUCCCUAUGGGCAGAACUUGGAUAAAUUACCGCUAUGGGCAACACCUAGUAUGUCCCAUGGUCAUUGGCCAAAAGAGAUACAGUUCAAAAGAGUAACUUUUCCAAACUGCCUGUCAGAUUUGUCCAAGCCCUCCAUCUGGAAGUACCCUCUAAAUAAAUCCCUGUAGCCAUUAAGAGAAUAAACCAAGCCAUUAUAUUUUUCCAAAGAAUUGUGGAGAGGGUUUUUAAACCUCGCUCAUAUAUUAAAUGCAUUAGCAAUGCCAAUGCUGAACAAUUCGCCCCAGAUUCUGUGGCUUAAUUGAAUGUGUAAAUAGCUAUUUAAUAUAGGUUGACAAUGUUCUGUUGUAAAAUGUAAAUUGGAUUUUAGACAUUUUAAGAACAAUGACAUUUGAAUUAAAGCUGCUCAUUUUGAGAGAUGCUGGAAUCCCCCCCCCAACUCUGCAUGUGAAAGCCAAACAUAUAAAGUGCAAGAGGAGUAGCUUCUUUCCAAAUGUGAAACACAAAUCAUCUCUCGUUUGUUGCCUUGUGUAAUUUAAAUGGUCAUGCGAUGCACUUUAUUAAAAAAAAGAUCAGUGGAAUGAUUUAAAGAUACAAAUCUAUAUUUAAUUAUAGUAGUUCUGGUGAUGAAGAAUUAGAGGUGAUUGCUAUCUGUUUGUUCCUCUGUACAUCUUUGGGCUUUUUUCUAAUGGGUAAAGAGAAGAUCUAAUAUAAAGAAAAAUAAAUCCAGAGCUUUAUUGACAUGAUAAGGAAUGAUUGAAUCCUGUUUUCAUAGUUGUAAGUGUAAUAUGCUGUUACCUUAUUAAUAAAAAUGUAUUGCUUUGUGGAAAA